UAAAAACAAGUCAAAUGUCCGAAAUCAUUUUAAUGAAUAUAAUAUGACUAAUAUUAUAUAUCGGUGUCUACAAUUUCCGCAAAAUUAUAAGCUUAUAUUGAAUUCUUAUAAAAAUAUAUCAAAAAAUAGAAAAAAACGUAGCGCUAGUUACAAAAUUGGCAUUGUUACGAUUUUGAAAAGAAGAAGAAGAAUUAAAAAUAAAAGAAUGAGAAGAAAGAAACAAAAAGCAACAUUUAACCAUCAAAUCGAAAAAAAUAAAUCCCAUACCAUCAAAAAUGCCUGUAAUACAAUGACCUCUCAAAGUAAAACUUGCAUAGAUGUAAACAAAGAUGAUAUUUCCAGAAAUUUACAAAUAAAUUGUAAAAAUAUUACCAAUAAUUGUGACACUGAUAAAGCAAAUAAAAAAAUUAAACAUUUGACGAAACAUAAAUAUACAAUGGAAAAAAGUUACCAAGGCAUAAAAAGAUUUCUUAAGUGUUAUUCUAGUUAUAUUAAUGGAAUGUCUGACUCCAAAAAGAAAUAUAAAAUACGAAAAUAUCAAACAAAAAUAAAAUUGAGUCGUCAUAUGAAAAAGAUUAAGUCUGACUUUGGUAAUCAAAAUGGUAUUAAUAGAAGAGGUAAAGGUAUUCAAAGAAAUUAUGGAAUAUUUGCUUAUUUAUUGUAUAGAUUUAAAGUGAAAUUUUGUAAAGAUUAUUUAAAAAAGAAAGCAGAGUGUGAUUUAGCCAUUCCAUUAAAAGAAGACGACAAUGAAAGAAAAAAUAACUUACAGGGAUUUCUCGCUAACAAAAAAGAUUUUUCGCUUCGAACAGAAGAUAAUUCCUUAAGUGCAGGUUACUUUUAUGAAAAAUCAAUGAUUAAUGAAGUAAAAAAUCUUGAAGCGAAAGAUUCGAAACAUAGUAAUUUAUGUAACACUGAACAAAAACAAGAAAUAAUUUUUAAUACAACACAGACUAUUGUUUCGUCAGAAUCAGAUGAAUCAGUAAAUGCGAAGAUAAGGUCUUCAUCUGAAAUUAGUGAAAAACGUAGUAUAACCGUAAGCACGUUUUCACUAAGCUAUGAUACAAGAUCAGAGAAUACCCUCACUAAAAUCGUUGAUUUUGAGCAUUUUGCAAAAGAAAUAGGAACUAAAAAUAAUAAGAUAAAAGUUAAAGCUGAAAGUAAUAGAGGAAUAUUCAAAAAUUAUUUACUCUUGAACGCCCGAAGUCUUAAAAAUGAUUGGUGGAGUCCAAUGCCUAACAAAAGAAUGUAA